GCGUGUUAUGCGCAUGCGCAGGAGCAGUAGAGGAAGAGAGCUGAUGAACGCAUUGAGCCCGUCUGUUUAGUAGUACACAGUACAAUGAGACAGUAAACCACCGUUGAGCGAACAUAUCUGCCGUGUAUUCACAGGUCCGCGUGUUUAUAUGUGUGUAUGAUGGCGUGGGGAGUGUGUAGCAGGGCUCUGGUGUGGAUUAUAACUGCGAUCAUAUGCUGGAGUCACAGCAGCUUGAUGGGCUUUUGCGGCAGCAGUACGGUGUCUGUACCAGAGAGUCUGCUCUUUGUGUCCACGCUGGACGGGAACCUUCACGCCGUCAGCAAGAGAUCCGGAACAAUCAAAUGGACUUUAAAAGAAGAUCCUGUUUUGCAAGUCCCAACGCAUGUGUCAGAGCCUGCAUUCCUCCCUGACCCCAAUGAUGGCAGUUUGUACUCUCUCGGAGGGAAAAAUAAUGAGGGUUUGACGAAACUGCCUUUCACCAUUCCUGAGCUGGUCCAGGCAUCUCCCUGUCGCAGUUCUGAUGGCAUCUUAUACACUGGUAAGAAGCAAGACGUGUGGUAUGUUGUGGAUCUGCUGACUGGUGAGAAGCAACAAACACUGACCUCUUCCUACGCUGAGAUGUUAUGUCCAUCUUCAUCUCUGCUCUACCUCGGCCGCACUGAAUACACGAUCACUAUGUAUGACACCAAGAGCAGAGAGCUGCGCUGGAACGCUACUUAUUCUGACUACGCUUUCACCCUUCCAGACGAUGACACCAAACACAAUAUGGCCCACUUUGUAUCCAAUGGUGAUGGCCUAGUGGUGACAGUGGACAGUGAGUCCGGAGACGUGCAGUGGGUUCAGAAUUACAACUCCCCUGUGGUGGCAAUCUACAUCUGGCAGCGUGAGGGCCUGCGCAAAGUCCCGCACACCAAUGUUGCUGUGGAAACGUUGCGUUAUCUCACCUUCAUGUCAGGAGAGGUGGGCCGCAUUACACAGUGGAAGUAUCCAUUUCCUCGGGAGAAGAAAACUAAAGAUAAACUGAUGUCCACAUUGUAUGUAGGGAAACACUCCUCUGGCCUGUACGCUUCUCCCUCCCUGGUGCAUGAUGGAGUUACUGUUGUGCCUAGUGGCAGGACGUUUCCCAUGCUGGAGGGCCCCAGUAACCAGGACUCAAGCAUGGAAAAUGAGCAGGAAUGUGUGAUCACUCCCAGUACCACAGUGAAGUUCAGUGCAGCACUGAAAGAGAGAAACCGCAUCAACUUCAUGAGGAAUUCGCUGCUGCUGAUAGGUCACCACGAGACACCGCCAGAUGCUCAUACAAAAAUUCUGGAGAAAUUUCCAGAGAGCAUCCCUCGCCAACAUAUCAACGUCAUUCCCCCUGCCACAGAGAAGACCAUUGAAGAGAAAGUCAAUGAGAGUGGAAUGGAAGACAACAGUCCUCUGCCUCCACCUGUAUCGUCCCUGCAGGAGAAACCAGGCCGUGUCCCACGUGUGGAGACUCCAGUGGACUCCAUGCUGAAGGACAUGGCCACCAUCAUCUUCUGCACUUUCCUUUUGGCCGGCUGGGUGGCCUUCGUCAUCACCUAUCCCAAGAGUGUCCACAAGCAGCAGCAGUUGCAACACCAGCAAUUUCAGCAGCAGAUGGAGGAAAAGCUGCAGCUCCUGCAGCGGCAGCAGCUCAUUUUCCAGCCACCCAGUGAUCUGCCUCCUGACACUGACUUCCUAGAGGCAGCCCAUACCCGCUCUGAGAGCUCCACCCACAGCAGUCCCAACGUCACCCCACGAGCAUCCAACCAUUCCAACGUGUCCCAGUCUGAGAUGGGACAUUCAGCUAAUGAGCAUGAGGAUGCAGAGGAAGGAUCCAACAUUGUCAGAAUUGGAAACAUCACUUUCAACCCCAGAGAUGUACUUGGACAUGGUGCUGAGGGAACUAUUGUGUACAGAGGUCAGUUUGAUAACCGUCCAGUGGCUGUGAAGAGGAUUCUCCCAGAGUGCUUCAGCUUUGCCGACCGUGAGGUUCAGCUGCUGCGAGAGUCUGAUGAACAUCCAAAUGUGAUUCGGUACUUCUGCACUGAGAGAGACCGUCAGUUUCAGUACAUUGCCAUAGAGCUAUGUAGCUCCACACUACAAGAGUAUGUGGAACGAAAGGAUUUUAACCGCCACGGUUUGGAGCCAGUGACACUGCUAGAGCAAACCAUGUCUGGACUGGCUCAUUUACAUUCUCUUAAUAUAGUUCACAGAGAUCUGAAGCCACACAACAUCCUGGUGUCGAUGCCGAACACGCAUGGGCGUGUGAAGGCCAUGAUCUCAGACUUUGGCCUUUGCAAGAAGCUUGCAGUGGGCAGACACAGCUUCAGCAGGAAGUCUGGGGUCCCAGGCACUGAGGGCUGGAUUGCUCCAGAAGUGCUCAGUGAGGAUGCAAAGCAUAACCCUACCUGCAUGGUAGACAUCUUCUCUGCAGGGUGUGUGUUUUACUAUGUGGUAUCUGAGGGCCACCACCCCUUUGGGAAAUCCUUGCAGCGACAAGCAAACAUUCUGUUGGGUGCCUACUCCCUGGACCACUUAGACCCUAACAGACAUGAAGAUAUUGUGGCCCGAAACUUGAUCGAGCAGAUGUUGAGUAUGGAACCAGAGGAGAGACCCUCAGCAGACAGAGUGCUAAAGCAUCCCUUCUUCUGGAGUCUGGAAAAACAGCUGCACUUCUUCCAGGAUGUGAGUGAUAGGAUCGAGAAGGAGCCGUUAGAUGGACCAAUCGUGAGACAGCUGGAGAGAGGAGGACGGGUGGUGGUCAAAGCCGAUUGGAGGGAACAUAUCACAGUGCCUCUACAGACCGAUCUUCGCAAAUUUCGUUCAUACAAAGGCGGAUCGGUCAGAGAUCUUUUACGUGCCAUGAGAAACAAGAAACACCAUUACCGAGAGUUACCUAAUGAAGUUCAGGAAACACUGGGAUCCAUUCCAGAUGAAUUUGUCUCCUAUUUUACCUCCCGUUUCCCUCUUCUUCUGCUGCACACACAUCUGGCCAUGCGUUUCUGUGCUGUGGAGCGACCUUUCCUGCCUUAUUACCACGCUUCUGAACUGCUCACACACCACACAGUAGCACAGUGUGUGCCACAGGCUCCCCCCACACAGCAUUGCAGUCCACCAGUGCUCUCAGGCCUGUCGUCAUCCAGUCAGAUAUCAGCAGCUCCACAUGAACUGUCAGACACACUGUCUGAAACGGCAGUCUUACCUGAGAUCACCACAGAGCACAUACAGACAGUCCCGGUGCCACCCACACUGUCCACACAAGAGACUGGAGCUCCAUAGUGCCAAGUUAUUAGACCCUUGAUGGAUGGACCCUUUUCGGACACAUUCCAGGGAUGAGCCGUCUCUCUGUGUGGAUGCAGUCUGGGCCUGCAGUGUCCAGGCUGUGUCACCACAGAGGCCGCCAUCCCAUCUUUAGUGCCUUACAAUGCUCAUUUUAGACAACAGCUCUUGUCUGAGCGAUUUACAGAUUCCUGGCAAAGAUGAUUUGGAAGAUGCUGAAAAAGAUGGUUUGGGUUGUCAGUGGUGUGCUCACAAAACUCUGCAGUCAUUCCUUCCAUUUGUCAAUUAUAAUGUGAUUGGAAGGCGAGGGAUUUUUGCUGAACACUUGAAGUGAACGCAAGAAAUUCUACUGUGCGAUGUUGAGUUGUGCUUGGUGAGAGAGAACAUGCUAUUGAAUAUAUAUUUUUGUACAUAUUUUGAUCAUUGAUAAUCGGUUGAAGUGGCCGUUGUGCCUUUUUAAAUGACACUGUGCAGUGUGGCUUGGUCCUGAGGAGAAGCUAAUGCUUGUGGUUUUACCCUUUUGUCUUUGCUGCUGAAAGCUGUUAAAGGACUAGUUCAACCAAAAAUGAAGAGAGGCAUCAUUUAGUCAUCCACACAUGUACGGCUCUCUGUGGUACAGCAGAAUGUUCACCGUUCUCUUCUGUACAGUGACCAGCUGCUGCGAAGCCCCGAAAUGACCAAAAAACAUCACAAAAGUAGUCAACUUGUGUGCAGAAUAUAAGAAACAUGCAAAUUUAAGUUAAUAUUUAUUGAUAAUCACCCACUGCGCUGCAUUUCUUAAUUUUCAUUCAAAUAUGUCCUGUUAAGACAUCACACCAUAUUUGACAUCAAUGAAGCCAAAGAGCAUUAAUUAUCACAUAUCAUAUGUGGAAGCACAUUUGUGAGCAAAAGCUAUUGUAUGGCUUCGGGAGGCUAAAAGGUGCAUAAGCCAUAUGGGCUACUUCUAUGAUAUACUGCUGGUUUGAAACGAGAAGUAAAUUAUGACAGAAUUACAUUUUUGGGUGAACUGUUCCUUCAAAGUCUCUAACAUGGAACCAACUGUGUGACAUUACUGGUAUUAUGCUUUCAAAUGUUCGGGAUAUACUUUCAUGACAAACUUAAUAUCCUGUAUUGUGCUCAUAAUUUCAGUCAUUCGGUCAUGCACUUUUAUAUUUUGUUAUACUUCAGCAAAACGUGGUAAACGGUAUGAAUUAAUUUCCUUGGAUUUUGGAUAAUGUGGUUUAGUUGUAGCUUUCAGGUGAUUGUCUUAUAUUGUUCUUUUGAAGGGAAAUAAUUCAAAUAUUUUCUUGGUUUUUAAUGGAUCCCUGAUUCUGAUUCUGGGCUGUUAUUAGGAAAUACCAGGAAAAAUGUCUCCCCUGGCCCUGAUGUUGGUCAGAUGUUCAGUGCAUAAACAGCAUUGUAACAUGCAUGCCGUUUUGACCUGAAAUAUUCCAGAUGGAGCUUUUAUAAUGUUACAUGUUUUUAAUGUUCCAUAUUUUUAAAUGGCACAUUUUGAGGAAAAAAAUGAUUAAAAUGCAAUGAUGCCUUUUUACAUGUAGUGUUAAUAAAAGCUGCUAUUGUGCAAUGCCAAUUAAGUUAAGAGUGCAAAUAGUCUAACUUUUUUUCGAAAUAGUCGAAGAUUAUUUUCACUAAUUCCACCUAAAAUUGCUCAAAUAACUUAUAUAUAACAUGUUACUUCUAUUUAGUCUUUGUGAGAAUAGCAUCUAUCACUAUUUGAACUUAAUAUAAACACUUUUUUAAUACUUGGUGCAAACAGUAACUACUAACUAUCACCCAUAAGCACACACCAUCACAUCUCACUACUGUAAAAUAGAAUGUAAAACAGGUAGAAUGAUGAUCAGAUAAAGAAAAAAUAUAACUGAACACUGGACAAAGGCUACUUGUUUUGCCGAAAAAUUUGUAACUAAUAAACGGGUAUUAAGGGAGUAUGCAGUUCUAUUUUUACAAUUCCCUUUAUUUAGUCUGCUCUUUUAACAUGCACCUCAAAAAGGUGUGCAUUUGUUUUACUGCUUUAUUGUUAGAAUGAUGAUUAGCACAAAACAUGAGUUUUUUUACCUUUUUUUGGACCACAGAGCUUUUAUUUAUUUAUUUUAUUUACAUUUAAAAUAUUUAUUGAUUUAUGCGCUUUAAUUCAUAAUUCAGAUUUUAGAUUUUUUUUAACAGCUAAAAUCGUGUUUGAUGACCAAUACAUAUUCAGUCUAAUGCACUGAUAAAAUGAUUCAGUGGUGAAGUAAAUGCUACAGAAAAAUAAGUAAUUUCUAUAUCAAAAAGUUAGUUCAGGCAAUAAGUAAAUAAAAUUUUUUAAAAAGUAAAUUCUAUAUUGGUACUUAAUUCAAACUUGUAGAAGUUAAAGCGUAAAUAUAAAUGUUAUAAAAUUAAGUAAAACCUACUCUACUUUUUUCGGAAACUGGUGUUCCCAUGGUGCAUAAAGAAUUAAUAAGAUACUAUUUUUCUACUCAAAAUGACUCAUUCAUACUCAAAAAUGAACCACAGGAUGUUACCGUCAUUGUGAAUGUACCAAGUAUUGUAGUCUCUGUGUUCGGGUGAGGGCCGCAUUAUCAAUUAUGUAGAUAUGGUGUCUACAUGAUAUUCAUUGUAUAGAUGUUUUUAAAUUGCAUACACUUUAAAAGCAUGGUUUAGUUAGGUCAUUUAUUAAGUAAAAUCAAAGUAUAGCCAAGUAAGUUUUGCCUAAGUAAAAAUUACUCAAACUUUUAUUGGCCAAGCUAAAAUUACUUAUUUUUAGGGGUGUCAACGUUAACGCGUUAACGCAUGCGAUUAAUCAAACAUUUUUAACGCGUUAAUAUUUUUUUUAACGCAGAUUAAUCGUUUGAUAAGGUUUGACCCCAAUUAGCCGUGAUCGCAGCGCGGAAGGUCAUCUAUCAUUGUGUGAUGAGGGUACAGCACCAGUGUUGCCAGGGCAGCGGCACAAGUGGGCUAUUUUGAAAAUACAGUCGCGGGAAAAAUUACAGAGCCGUGGUUUGCGGUUUUUUGGGCUACUUUUAUAAUGUACCGCGACCGCCCAAAGUGUAUUUAGACAAAUGAAAAUGAAAAUAGAUUCUUUUACUAAUGUGUAUUAUACUUGGAAUGGCAACUUAAGAACUGAGAGGCGGUUGUAACAUCACAAACAACGUGAGUUUCAGCGGAGCAUACAUGUUAAGGCUUUUACACAGCAGAAAUAAACAUGACAACAGCCACUAUAGAUUAUAUAAGAUAAUAAACACACGAUUACGAUAGGAUAUGGUCUGUAUGUGAUUUUAUUUUAGUUGAAUGUGUACAUCUGAAAUGCUAAUUUGUGCAGUGAUAUAAAAGGCUAUUUAUAAAUAGCAUAUUUUAACAACAGUGAACGACCAAAUUCCACAUGUGAUCGCAAAAGGAAGUUAUUACAAACACUCGAUGGUGGUUUGAAGUGAGUUCUGAGUAAAAGUGUACUAUUAAUCUCAUAAACUGUCUUAUGUAGCAUGAUGCUAAUGUUAGCUCUAAUGCACCUGCAGAACAGGUCCAAUUCUUCUUCAUAAUGUAAUUUGUCAUAAUACUUACACGUAAGGUCGCAAGAAAAUGUUUUGUUGUAUUUAGAAAUACUUUUGAUGAUAGUUGGGUAAAUGUAUACUGGGAUUGAAGCGAUGUGGCUUGGUAAACGUUUUAUUGCCACUAUAAAGGCUGAUUAUGGCUGAAUAAAAACAAAAGAAUAAUGAUAAAAGAAUAA